AUGCGUAUACAUAAAUUGCCUCGAGACAUUGCAUGUGUUGGUCGAUUCCACGGCGUCCAGGCCAUCAAGGAGUUCGUCGACUGGGCCCUUGGGAGCGUGGUCUCAGGUGAUACCACGGCAAAGGCCGUAGAGUUCACACCGACUGGCUUGAAAGUCGCCACAGAAGGUACUCGUACAUUCAAGAACGGCGAAUCAAAAGCUUUCAAUUCAUUCGUUACCACCAUAACCAAGGCACCUAUUUCUUUCUCGCUCCAAGGCUUGUAG